AUGGACGGCGCUGCUCCGCGACCGUCCGAGCUCCCUCUCGAGACCAGUCUGCGGAUAUUGAAUUGGGCCAAGACACUGUACCCAGCCAUCAUCUUGGUCCUCUUCCUUGUGGGAUUUGUGACGCAUGGCAUUGUGAACGCCCCCCCAGAGGAUGUCGGCCAGGUCAAGAUUCAUGCCAUGAGAGGGCCUGGAGGUCGUCCUUUGCCCCUACGUCGGAAAUCAGCCAAUCAGGUCAAACAUGCUGUGGCUGUCAAGGAUUUUUCCCAUCCCGCCAAAAUCGUCUUCAGAAUAUUUCAAACAGGCGUCCUGUUGACCUUUCUCGUCAAUGCCGCCUUUAUUCUCAUUCAAGCCUUGGUCGACCGGCACUUGCAAUGGUGGCCCGGCCAGAGCGCCAUCGUCUAUGUGGUGGGAUCCUCCUUCGUUUGGUCUAUCGUCUUGAUCAGUCUUCACGACUGCGUCCCGGCCCCGACUAGCGUCCAUCUGCUGGUCUGGCUCGUCUCAUUACCGCUGGACUCGAUAAUUCUCGGGGCGAGCUUGCAGAUAUAUAAAGCUCCGCACCAUGAUCCCAAAGUGGGCGACCAACAGGGCGGCCAGUUCCGAGAAGAGAUCACUGGCUGGGAAGUUAUUGAAGUUAUUGUCUACUUCGUUCGCAUCCUGUUGCUACUUGGCAUGUCCAUCUUUUUCAUCAUCUACAAAAUCUCACCAACCAAGACCGCCUCUGCAUCCGAUGGAGCUUCAUCCGAACGAGCCCCUCUUCUUAAUGGCGGAGCUGAGGGCGAGAAUGGACAUCCCAACGGCCAUGCCUAUGGCACGGGCCAGAACGCGCAUACCGAGCCUAAGGAGCAGGGCGAUGCAUGGGCCAAGCCAACCGAGACUCCCAGCGUCACCUGGUACCAGUACCUCAGGGGAUUUGUCGUGCUGAUCCCAUACCUUUGGCCCAAGAAGUCCAUCAAACUGCAAGCUUUGGCCACUGCUUGCUUUCUUAUCAUGGUUUCCCAGCGAAUCAUCAAUCUUUUCGUCCCCAUCAUGACUGGGCGCAUUGUGAAUGCUCUUUCUGGUGACGACGGCCAUGGAGUGCGAGCGCCCUGGAGAUAUAUUGCCAUGUACGUUGUCUUCAAGUGGCUGCAGGGCUCUCAAGGCAUCCUUUCGGCUGCUAGGACGAUCAUGUGGAUUCCUGUUGAGCAAUAUUCCUACCGAGCCAUCUCCACCGCCGCCUUCGAGCACGUUCACGGACUUAGUGCCGAGUUCCACACCGGCAAAAGGACGGGCGAGCUCAUUUCGGCACUGAACAAAGGCAGUGCCAUCAAUAGCUUCCUCGAACUGGUCACCUUCAGUGUUGGGCCUAUGAUCUUUGACUUGAUUGUGGCAGUCGGCUAUCUGACCAUCCGUUUCGACAUUUAUCUCGGCCUCGUCGUCUCCAUCACUACCAUUGCAUACAUCUAUGUCACUAUUCGGCUUGCGUCUUGGCGAGUCAAGCUUCGCCGGGACUUUGUCAAUGCAGAUCGAGAAAUGGAGGCGGUCAAAAACGAUUCGUUGCAUUCUUGGGACACGGUCAAGUACUUCAACGCGGAGAAGUACGAGUUUGACCGCUACAGACUAUCGAUCAAGGUUAUGCAAGGUUUCGAAAAAUGGGUCCAGGUGACGCUGGCGUUCCUCAACACGGUUCAAGGUGCCUUGUUCAUGUUCGCUCUGUUGAGUGCAUGCUUCAUCGAGGCCUACCAGGUCGCACUGGGCACUCAGACGGUUGGGGCUUUUGUGGUCCUCAUCUCCUACAUGGCCCAAUUGCAAGCACCAUUGAACUUUUUCGGCACUUUCUACCGCACCAUCCAGAACAAUCUCAUCAAUGCCGAGAGAAUGCUCGAGUUGUUCAAAGAGCAGCCAGUCGUUACGGAUGCCGAGGAUGCGAAAGAUUUGGAGUCGUGUACGGGCGAUGUGACCUUCAGCAAUGUCACCUUUUCCUACGACAAUCGUCGGGAUGCCCUCAAGAACCUGUCCUUCCACUGUCCGGCCGGGACUACGACAGCUUUGGUUGGAGAAUCCGGCGGCGGCAAGUCAACAGUCAUGCGUUUGCUAUACCGCUACUACAACCCCUCUUCUGGUGUGAUUCGAAUCGACAACCGCAGCGUCCAGGACAUGACGAUCGACUCGUUACGACGAUACAUUGGAGUUGUCCCUCAGGAUUGUAACAUGUUCAACGAAUCCAUCAUGUACAACCUACGGUACGCGAAUCAGACCGCUACAGAGGAGGAAAUCUACGAUGCCUGCCGAGCAGCUUCCAUCCACGACCGCAUCAUGGCCUUCCCAGACGGUUACAUGACCAAAGUCGGUGAACGAGGGGUGCGACUAUCAGGAGGUGAACGUCAGCGUGUGGCCAUCGCUCGAACUAUCUUGAAGAAUCCUCGUAUUACACUUCUGGAUGAAGCCACCGCCGCUCUCGACACGGAGACGGAGGAGAAGAUCCAAGCCUCGUUCUCUCGUCUUGCUGAGGGCAGGACGAUGCUCAUCAUUGCCCAUCGUCUAAGCACGAUUGUCGGUGCAGACCAAAUCAUCGUCCUGUCGGACGGAGCGGUAGCCGAACGUGGCACGCACGCUGAUCUAUUAGCGCUCGAUGGCAAAUACGCAAGCAUGUGGCGGAAGCAGAGUCGGGCGCAAAAGGCCAAGGAGGAGGCGGAGAUCCUACAAAACCGAGCGCGCAAGACUAUCGAAGAUGCAGAAGCCGACAGUGCCAGUGUCAGCGAAGACGAGGCCGAGGCGGCCAAGAACCGCAGCAAGCCUGCCACUUCACGACGUGGUCACAAGCGAGUCAACUUCUCACAAAGCAGUCUCGCUCGAGGCGUAUGGAACGCGGCGGAGGAGCCCUCCAACAGCAGUCAGCAAGAAGAGGGCAGUAAAUGGUCGGGAGGGCGACCACCGGGUCACCCCUGA